UGACAAUUUUUUUUAGUGAGACAUGAAAGUAUCCGUCGUUGUUAAUGAGACCCGACACAAGAAUUACUGCGUUUCGAGAUAUUCGAUGAUGACUAGGCAUAUCCACGUGUGUAUAAAUACAUAUAUUCUCAUUCACAAACCCAAGGCACACCAAUUCAACUACUAUAUCUCUUCAUCUCAGUGAAUUGAAUUCAUGGGGAGUGCAUCAUCUAUGUUAACUCAAUAUGAUAUUGAAGAAGUUCAAGAACACUGCAACCAUUUAUUUUCGCAGCAGGAAAUAGUUUGUUUGUAUCAACGGUUUUGUCAACUUGAUCGAAAUGCUAAGGGCUUUAUUUCAUCUGAUGAGUUUUUAUCCAUUCCUGAGUUUGUUAUGAAUCCUAUUUCUCAGAGGUUACUCAAGAUGGUUGAUGGUUUGAAUUUUAAAGACUUUGUGGCCUUUUUGUCAGCAUUUAGUACCAAAGCUAGUGCGCACCAAAAAAUAGAACUUAUUUUUAGAGUAUAUGAUUCAGAUCAUAAUGGAAAAGUGUCAUUCAAAGACAUAUUACAAGUUCUAAAAGAUUUGUCUGGUUCAUUCAUGUCUGAUGAGCAAAGAGAGGAAGUUCUGAGCCAAGUUCUGAAAGAAGCGGGAUACUCAAAAGACUGCUACUUAACAUUGGAUGACUUCAUUAAGGUUCUUGGUCAAUCUGGUGUAAAAAUGGAUGUUGAAGUCCCUGUUGAUUAAAAUUGGCUGCAGUUUUCCCUGUUAUUUUGAAAGAAAAUAUUGUAAACUAUAUUAAAGGGAUUCUUGUAACAUUUAGUUCAUAUGGAAAUGAGAAGUGCAAAAACAGAUAUGAUUUCAA